AAAAAAUUGUUGUUUUAGGUAGAAGCCCCCCAAAAAGGGAAAAAAUUAGGGUUAGGCUGAUUGAUUGGGUUGACGGGGGUGUGUAUAUAGAUAUAUAGGUAUCUGAGAUGGCGUUGAAUUUCUCGCAUCGACCAAUUUUUCCGGGUGGUCUGUCUGAGGAUAAUUUGGUUGCGCCCAUGAGGAUUGGGAAUGGGUACCGGGUGGAAGGUAUUCAGGAGAAGGGUAAGGGUGCAGGUGGUGGUGAUGGUUUUGGGAAUGCAUCAUGGCAUGAUGCUGAUAAUUGCUUUGAUUAUGGGAGAGAGAGGUGUGAUAUGGGUAACGCUCAAGAUUCUGUCUCCAAGGACAUUCUUGAUCUUUUGCCCUCGGAUCCCUUUGGAAUGGACAUCAGCACCACAUUUACUGCUAUCAAGGGGUGGCUUCAGGAUUUGGAGGUUGAUAAUGGUGGUUACCGGAUGGAGGAGCUUCGGGAAGGCAACCGUUUCCAGAUGUAUGCUGAGUUGGAAUUUCUUUGCAACAAUGCUAUGUGGUUUCACACGUUAGAGCCGAGUGGAUUCGGUGAGUGCUCUUUGAGAGUUGGAGCUCCAUCCUGCAAUUUUGCUUCUGGAUCUGAUUGUAGUAUGGAUGACAAGUUGGGUUUUGGAUCUGAUUAUGAAGAUGUGGGCAUUCCUAGCUGGUCUGGUGGUGACACACACAUGGAUGAUGGGAACUUUUUUGGUGCCGAUGAACUUUCUCCUCAUCCAGCUAUGAGUUUUUGUCUUGGCUAUCUAGGAUUGUCUGAUCUUCUUGUUGUUGAAAGAGUAUGCAAAUCUCUGCGUUCUACAGUUCGAGGCGAUCCACUUUUGUGGAGAAGGAUACACAUAGACCAACCUUUAAAUGAGAGGAUUACUGAUGAUGUUCUUAUGCAACUAUCUGAUAGAGCUCAGGGUAAUCUUCAGUGCUUGAGCCUAGUGGAGUGCACUAGGAUUACUGAUGAUGGUCUGAGGCGUGUUCUUGAAGCCAAUCCCAAGUUAACUAAGUUGAGUGUUCCUGGAUGCACAAGACUCAGUAUUGAAGGUAUAGUGAGUACUUUAAAAGCUUUCAAGUCUAUGGGAACACAAGGGGUGAAACAUUUACACAUAGGUGGCCUUUAUGGUGUUACACAAAACCAUUUUGAAGAACUGAAGCUCUUGAUGGGCACUGAUAGCCAGGUGCUGCAGCAUCCUCGCAAACCUCACUUUUACCGCAGGGGCAACUUAUACCUGUCUUGUGAUGAUGACCGAGACAUAGAUAUUGAAGUUUGUCCAAGAUGCCAGAAUUUAAGGCUGGUAUAUGAUUGUCCUGCAGAGGGCUGUCAAGCAGUGGGGCAUGCCCCAGAGUGUAGGGCAUGCACUUUAUGCAUAGCCCGGUGUAGUCAGUGUGGCCAUUGCAUCAAUGACAGCGAGUAUGAAGAAACAUUUUGUCUGGAACUACUUUGCUCUUCUUGUUCCAAGCUGCUAAUCAAAUGUUCAGAAAGGCCAGAUAGAAGUGUUGGCCCAACUGAGUCAGUUGUUCCCCAUGAGCACAGUUCUUAUGAGGAACAAAGUAGUAUAAGGUCAUAUGAAAUGUUGGGUGCUGUUGGGUUGUAUGCCACUCUUAACUAUUUGGUCUCAGAUUCAAGUGUGGGGAUUUUCCUGUUGUAG